AUGCUAUUAAAGGAUGCUUAUCUGGAUUUUUGGAAAUGUUCCAAUAAGUAAAUUGUAUUUUAUUAUAUAGCGUUUUAAAAUAUUGAAUCAGUUUUUUACUGCUCGAAGACUAUCUUAACUGUGUGUAAAUUUAUAAUUUUAAUAGCCAAGUUAUAUAUAGAAAGUAUUGUAAGUAUGAAAUUUUAAAUGAUUAUCUAACAACGUGUUGUAGCAGGAAGUUUGGAGACGAGUUUUCCGCGGGAAAUCGAGAAAAUAAGAUGGUCUGUUUCUCGAUGCAAAAGGUAUUACAAAACAUGAAGAAACAAUGCUGGAAAGCGUCUUCGCUUUCUUUCGGAAACAACUCCAGACAGUUUCUCACGGAACGUGCCAGAUCAGUCGAGUCGUGGGACAAAUUAUCACGUCUGAUACCAACGAAUUCGGUGUACGAACAACAAGACAAAAAUGCAUCUCCUGCGAGUAAUCCAGCGGAAACGCUAUUGCGCUCCUUGGACGAGAACAACGUCAUGGAGACGUCAAAAACGAAUGGAAAGAGAAACGAACACGAGGAGGAAGCAGACGAGGAAGAAGUUUACGAAGACGAGUACGAAGUUGAAACCGAUCCAAAAGCGGAACACGAAACUUCGAAAUUUUCUAAAAUCACCGAUACCGUCGAUGUAAAGUAUGUGAAAGGCUCGCCAGACAUAAACGCUCAGGCAAAAGACGUGUCCAGAGAUGAAGAUUAUCUGGAGGAUCCCUCGACGAGUCAGUACGACACGUAUAAUUAUUAUAACGAUGAUUACUCGAGUCCUAAUCAGUCGCGAUACCAGACUGCAGCGGACGAUCACGCCCGUGACUAUAUGGAUGCAGAGGAAGAAGAAGAGGAAAAGGAAGCGUCGAGGGAGCAGGGAGAGCAAGAGGAACAAGAAGAACACGAAGACGAAGCGGCGAAACCGCAGGACAACGACUACGAUUUAUCGGAGGAAGAGGAAGAAUACUUAUUAGAGGAUACUCACCACGUGAACGACUCUUCGUCCGAUCUGCUCGAGGAGAAGAACGUGGACACGCCAAUUACGACGACCAACAACGAAGAGGGUUCCUCGAUGGAAGGUAGCGACAAAACGUUCGCCUUUCUCGGACUGCCGAAAUCGGGAACAAACUCUUCCGCUGACAGUUCCAUCCUGAUCGGCGAGGCCAUAGUAUCCGUAGUAACGACAAAAAGCGUCGUCAACGGCACGAUUUCUGUUCCGACGACAUCCUCGCCGACUACCACCGAGCAAGUCGCCGCGCCACCCUCCUCCACGUCCACGGAGGUCACGGAACUAGCCGUAACAACCGAAGAUACGUCUCGAAUACUAGCUUCCGUUCAGACGAGUCGUAGCAUAUCCGGCGCGAGGUUCUUACCCUUCCCGGUUAUAGAUCGUAUCGAAUCGAUCGGCCACAGCGGCGAGAAGAAAACGUCGCCACCUCUGGAGUCCAUCACGGAGAGCAUCAUCGACAAAUUGGACAGGGUGCAGUCGGAAUUGUCCAGCGGCUUUCUCGCCGGUGGUUUCAGAACCGCUGGUAAUUCGCUUCAGUUGGACGUUUUGAACGAAAGGGACCGGAACAAUCGCAGAAGGUACACCACUACUGCCAGGACACCGGUUAUUAGCAAGUUCGUACCUCGACGAUAUAACGACAAGAGAACCGAUCAUGCUACACCGAAGCCGAAAAUUGAAACGACGCUCGACAGUCUGGAAGGAUUGUUACCACGCGAUUACGUCACCAGGAGUUCGUCGACGACGUCGACGACGCCUUCAAAGAAUGGAUUUAGGUGGCCUACAAAGAGCACAACAGCAGAAUCAAUCACCAUUCAACUCGCAUCAACUACCUCCACUACGACGACGAAGAAACCUAAAACCAAUGUGAUCGUUCAAGACAUUAGUGCCUUCUUGCCACCUGGAUACAAAUUGAAGAAAGAGGACUCGCCCGUUACGGAAAGCUCUUUGCUAAAGGAUAUUCUUGCGAGAUCUAAAGUUAAUAUAUCGUCGUUGUUACCAGCGGACUAUAGCAAGAAGAAAAACGAAGAAACCACCAUCACGACAACAGCGGAAGCUAUAGAUGUUUCAUCAGAGAAAUCAUCAUCAGCUGAGAGAACGAUUCAGGACUUGUUCGCCAACUCUAAAGUUGAUAUUUCUUCGUUAUUGCCACGCGAUUACGAAGAGAAGAGGAAGAGUCUCACUUCAGAGACAAAAGACGAGACGAAAGAUUCUACCGAAUCCAAUGCAUCCGCGACAACAGAAUCUGCUUCGUCUACGACGAAGAAAUCCGCUGGCCUGAAACUCGUGUUUCCUAGCAGACCUGGCGGGCGGAAACCAAUUAAUAAAAUUACCACGCCAUCGAGCCCUCGAGGUGAAGGACCUGGCACGGUUACGCCGAAAAUACACAGAGGAUGGCCGAUCAGAGCUACCACAGAAUUCACCGGAUGGCCUAGUUCGUCGACUACUCCAAUCUCGAUAGAAAAGAUACUAGAAGCUGCUCGGACCGCGACGAUUUCGUCCGCGUCGCUUAUCCCGAUAACCGAGGUGACAUCGAGCACCACCACGACGUCAACCACAACGACAACGCCUAGACCAACUACACCAGGAAUUUGUGAACAGGACUGCGAAGUCGCUGGAACGAUAAAGAUAAUUGGUAAUGCAAGCUGGCUACCGGAAUUGCUCGAUCGAAAUACCCAAGAAUGGCAGAAACUUGCCAACGAAAUUGAACAAGAGCGAGGGCAGUAUUUUAGUAGAUUAUUUUGUCGAAUUGGCCAACUUGCAGCAAAAGAUCAAUACACAAGAGUUGAAAGUCAUUUUUCACGAUUCGUUACGGACAUACAAUGCAAACAGAUGGAAUGAGACCAAAACGGCAGGUUCGAUAAAACUUGGAUCGUUUACGAUCGAUCCGAAAUAUACGGAUUUUGUAGUGAUACCUAAAGUAACUACCCCUCAAUAUAUUGAAGAAGACGAUAGAUUAGUUCCACAAUGGGCAAUUGCUGUGAUCGUAAUUGGUGUUGGUGGAUUACUUUUUAUCAUUAUAUUCGGUGUCUCUGUUUUAGUGAAUCGCCAUAAUGGUUCAAAAUUGAAACCAUCUGUAUCUACAAUUUACGAAGAGGAAGUAGCAAAGAAUAUAUCGGCUCACAGAUCUAGUGAUUAUUCAAAGCCGGUACACACGAUUUGGACUGAUCCAGACGUUUCGUGGAAUGAGAAGUCUUUCGAAUCAACUUCCAAUAAGAUCCUUGUUGAAAAAUCUUUUCAAGACAAUAAGAAAUAUAACAUGUACGAUAGUUGGAGAUCGGAAUGGAAUGGUUAUUAUUACAACGGGUCUCAUAGUAGCAGUAAAUACGGCGGUUAUGAUAGUACAACAAAUUUAUCAAGUCAUCAUCAUCCUGAUUACGAUACAAAUUUCUAA